UCAAGAACAGUGAUUGCAAAUGGUUUGUGUCACCAAGUUUAAACUGAAAAAUCAUGUCUGGAAAUAUGAGAGGAAAGAACAAGGUUAUUGAGCCUAAAGGUGAACAUGAAAAACAGGAUUCUGUGACAGAACUGAAGCUUCCUUUUGAGAAACUGAACCUGGGACCACGGAAGAAGUUGCUUGUUAUGAACCUUAAUGGCUUACUGAUGCAUAGGGUUCAUCGUCGUGAUCUAUGUAAGGUAUCAAUGUCUCGCUCCCCUGAUGGGGUCUAUGGAAGUUUCCUUGUUUUCAAGAGACCUUUUUGUGAAGAGUUUAUGAAAUUCUGUUUAGAAAGAUUUGAGGUUGGCAUUUGGUCUUCUGCAAUGGAACAUAACAUGGAGGCUGCAUUAGCUAUUGCCAUUGGAUCUAUAAGAAAAAAUAUCUCAUUUAAGUUGGAUCAAAGUCAUUGUACUAAAUCUGGGUACCAAUCCUUGGAAAAAAGUACCAAGCCUCUUUUUUUCAAGGAAUUCAAUAAAAUGUGGGAAAAAGACAAGAAAAGUGGGCCUUUUAAUGUCUCAAAUACUCUGCUGAUUGAUGACAAACCCUACAAAGCUUUUCUCAAUCCUGAUAAUACAGCCAUUUUCCCUGAAUCGUAUGAUGUGAAUGAUGUUACUGAUAGAGGACUUGAUCCAAGACGCGAGCUGUGUUCGUAUCUGGAAGCUGUUUCUAAUGCUCGUGAUGUUCCUUCUUAUGUGAAGGAUCAUCUUUUUGGACAACUUCCUAUUACAUCUGCUCAUCCUGACUGGAAAUUUUAUUCUGAAGUCAAACAAUCUCUGCUUAAAAAGCGUGCACCAAAGAUAGUUUUCGGAUAAAGAAGUCAAGCGCUUCAUCAUUUUGUGCUCUUCCUUGCUUUUAUAAUAUCAAGUAACAUUUGUGAUAGUAACAUACUGGUCUAAAACAAGAAAUAGCAUAGAGGUAGUAAUUUGUGGUUACGUAAUUACUCUGCAGAGUUUGAAUUAUGUGUGAUUCUGGAACCUUGUGAUGCAAUAUAUGCUUGUUCUGUUAGGAACGUGUUAUUUUGAAUUAAGAAUAAACCUGUAUGUAUGCAAUGAAAUGCCUACUCUGAUCAGUCAAUACUCUAUUUGGGGAUAUUUUAUAAACUGUUUGGUGUUUCACGUGGUUAAUUAGGUCUGAUGUGCAUUUAUAGAUGAAUGGACAUGUGUUUAGAGUUAAAUAGGAAUGCUUGUAUGGACUGAAAAAGGUUAAAUUGAAUCUGGUUAGGCUGUACAUGAACAUGAUAACACAGUAACCACAUUAUUUUCACUCUGUCCUACUUUGUGUUAACUAAUUAACGGGUGUAUUAGGUAAGUGUGGGGUUCGGUUCAUGAUAAAUCAGGAUUAACAGGCUUUGGUUAAAU